GGUCUUAGGGGCUGUUUGUCAGAACAGAAUCGGGCUCUGAUUGGCUGUACUCCUGCGAGGUGCCCGGAGCCUCAGGUUGGUCGACCGCGCUCCCGCCGGCGACAUGGCGGUCCUGGGAGUGCAGCUGGUGGUGACCCUGCUCACCGCCACCCUCAUGCACAGGCUGGCGCCACACUGCUCCUUCGCCCGCUGGUUGCUCUGCAAUGGCAGUCUCUUCCGAUACAAGCACCCUACUGAGGAAGAGCUUCGGGCUCUGGAGGGAAAGCCGAGGCCCAGAGGCCGGAAGGAGCGGUGGGCCAAUGGCUAUAGUGAAGAAAAGCCCUUGUCUGUGCCCCGAGAUGCCCCUUUCCAGCUGGAGACCUGCCCCCUCACAGCGGUUGAUGCCCUCGUCCUGCGCUUCUUCCUGGAGUACCAGUGGUUCGUGGACUUCGCCGUGUACUCGGGUGGCGUGUAUGUCUUCACAGAGGCCUACUACUAUGUGCUGGGCCCGGCCAAGGAGACCAACAUCGCCGUGGUCUGGUGUCUGCUCACCGUCGCCUUCUCUGUCAAGAUGUUCCUGGUGGUGACCCGGUUGUACUUCAGUGCAGAGGAGGGGGGCGAACGCUCUGUCUGCCUCACCUUUGCCUUCCUCUUCCUGCUCCUGGCCAUGCUGGUGCAGGUGGUCCAGGAGGAGACUCUCGAGCUGGGCCUGGAGCCAGGCCUGGCCAGUCUGACCCAGAACUUGCAGCCACUUCUGAAGACACAGGGCUGGGACUGGGCGCUCCCUCUGGUCAAGCUGGCCAUCCGCAUAGGGUUGGCAUUUGUGGGAUCCAUGCUGGGUGCCUUCCUCACCUUUCCAGGCCUGCGGCUGGCUCAGACACACCUGGACGCACUGAGCAUGUCGGAAGACCGGCCCAUGCUGCAGUUAUGCAGACUGCCAGAUGGGUGGUGGUUCCUUCUGCAUACCAGCUUCCUCUCCCCUCUGAUCAUCCUGUGGCUCUGGACCAAACCCAUUGCACGGGACUUCCUGCACCAGGCACCCCUGGGGGAGGUGCCCUUCUCCCUGCUGUCUGACUCAGCCUUCGACUCAUUGCGCCUCUGGCUGCUGGUGGCCUUGUGCCUGCUGAGGCUGGCGGUGACCAGGCCCCACCUGCAGGCCUACCUGUGCCUGGCCAAGGCCCGUGUGGAGCAGCUGCGGCGGGAGGCCGGCCGCAUAGAGGCCCGUGAGAUCCAGAGGCGGGUGGUGCGAGUCUACUGCUACGUGACAGUGGUGAGCCUCCAGUACCUGACGCCGCUCAUCCUCACCCUCAGCUGCACGCUGCUGCUCAAGACGCUGGGCGGCUACUCCUGGGGCCCGGGCCCGGUCCCCAUGCUGUCCCCCGCCCGGUCCUCAGCCCAGGAUCGCCUGGGGGGCCCCGGGGAGGAUGAGGCCCAGCAGACGGCGGCCCGGAUCGCUGGGGCGCUGGGCAGCCUGCUCACGCCCCUCUUCCUCCGCGCGGUCCUCACCUUCCUCAUCUGGUGGACCGCAGCCUGCCAACUGCUCUCCAGCCUCUUCGGCCUCUACUUCCACCGGCAGCUGGCGGGCUCCUAGCCGCCUGCAGACGUCCCUGGGCCCCAAGGUCCCGGCCUGAGCUAGCGGCUUAAGGACCGCCUCCUCCGUGUGUGCCUGUGUCCUCAGGUGCAAGGUGGGCCCGGGAGCCCCCGCAGCACCUGCUGGGCCCGCCCACUUCACCGCAGUGCCUGAGCCCUGGCCCCUCGGAUCCCACGCUUCUGCCUCCAAACUGUUGCCCCGGACCCAGAGCCACUGUUCUCGGAUUGCAUGCCCUGCCUCCCCCGCAUUUGAGACAGAGGUCGCGGGUCAUUCUUCUGAACAAAUAAAAGAACAGGCUGAUUUCUA